AUGGAUCAGGAUAAGAAGAUUCCAUUCCUAAUAUCACAUAAAAAGGUGGUGUUACAUCCGAUUGUAAUGCUCUCGGUUGUAGACCAUUACAACAGGUGUGCCGACGGUACUGCACGCCGAGUGGUAGGGACUAUACUAGGCGAGCACAUAGAUGGAGACAUACACAUCACAAAUUCAUUCGCCGUGCCCUUCGAAGAGGAUCCUAACAACCCUCUAGUAUGGUUCUUUGACCACAACUAUCAUGAAAGGAUGUUCACGAUGUUCAAAAAGAUCAAUACGAAGGAAAAGGUACUAGGGUGGUAUAGUACCGGCCCUAAGUGCAAACCUGCGGAUUUGGAAAUACACGAACUCUAUCGCAAAUAUUGUCCGAAUCCGAUAUACAUUAUUGUGGAUAUCACCCAGAAAGAAGAACUUCCCAUGGAGGCAUACAUAUCGGUAGAAGAGCCAACAAGCGACAGGAGGUUCAGAAGAACCUUCGCUCAUGUCCCUUCAGAAAUGGGCGCUUUUGAAGCUGAGGAGGUUGGACUUGAACACCUAUUGCGUGACCUCACCAACGUUACCACGUCAACACUCUCAAGAAAGGUCAGUGGGAGUGUCAAUAUUUUAUACCGUGUCCAGGUGGAGAACAAGAUACUGGCACUUAAAUCAUUAGUUGUGAAAUUGGCAGAGAUUACUGAAUAUCUAAGGGGGGUUAUCAAUGGCGUGUAUAGCGUUAACCCGGCUAUCAUCUAUAUGCUACAGGAUAUACUUAAUUUGUUCCCUUCUGUGGAAGGCGAGGAUAUCACCGAGGCGUUCACUAUCAACAUGAAUGACACCUCACUUGCAAUCUACCUCGGCAGUAUAAUCAGGGCUAUGCUUGCCCUGCAUAACCUCAUCGACAACAUGACCGAAAACAAGCGUAUAGCCGGCGAAAAGGCGGAAGCUACAUCAUAG